AUGUUGGAAGGAUUGGUCGCCAACCUGCUCAAUCGCUUCCUGGGCAUGUAUGUGAAGAACUUCGACCCGAAGCAAUUGAAUGUUGGCAUAUGGUCCGGAGACGUCAAACUACGGAAUCUUGAGCUCCGGCGAGAGGCAUUAGAUCAACUGCACCUGCCGAUCAAUGUGGUCGAAGGCCGGCUUGGAGAACUGACCCUAUCAAUUCCUUGGUCAAACCUCCGUGGCAAACCCGUCAAAGUCAACAUCGAGGAUGUGUUUCUACUCUCGGCGCCCAAGCAGGAAGAUGACUAUGAUGCGGAGGAGGAAGAAAAGCGGGCUGUGGCUGUCAAGCUCGAGAAGCUCGAGAGCGCCGAGUUGUUGAAGGAACGCAACACUGAAGCCAUGAGCCCGGAAGAACAGAAGAAGAAUCAAUCUUUCACACAGAGUUUAGUCACUGCCAUUGUCGACAAUCUCCAAGUGAGCAUCAAGAACGUCCAUAUCCGAUAUGAAGAUUCAAUAGCCACCCCAGGCCACCCAUUCGCUGUCGGAAUCACAUUGAAGGAGAUGAGCGCUGUCAGCACCGACUCAGAAUGGCGUCCAACUUUCAUCCAAUCUACCUCAGGAAACACCCACAAGCUCGCGGUGUUGAAUUCUCUGGCACUGUACUGGAACAGUGAUGCCGACCUCUUCGGAACUGGCAAAGGAGGAGAUGUCGGCGCAGAUGCACAAGACAUCGACAAAGAUGAAAUGAUCAGAAGGUUUCGCGAAGGUAUAGAAGAAACUGCCAAUUCACAAUAUCUUCUGAAACCAGUGAGCGGACGCGCCGGGAUUGAGAUGGACAAGACUGGAAGACUUGAUCGACCCAAAAUAAAAGCCCGGCUCUUGUUCCAGGAGCUCGGGUUCAUCCUCGAUGAAGACCAAUAUCGUGAUGCGUUGAUGCUUGUUGAUCUCAUGCAUUAUUUUGUCCGUCAUCAUGAAUUCAAAAAGGACCAGCCCCAGAAAAGCCCCAAGGAGGAUCCGAGAGCAUGGCUCAAGUUUGUUGGGAGUGCGGUUCUGAAUAGAAUUCAUGACCGCAACCACAGAUGGACCUGGGGCUAUUUCAAAGAACGCAGAGAUAUGAGACUCCAAUAUAUCGAACUCUUCAAGAAAAGGAAGAGGGAGCAGAAACUAACGGAGCAAGAGACAAAAGACUUCAACGAUCUCGAGUACAAAUUGAGCUAUGAGGAUUUGCGAUUCUGGAGAUCCCUUGCUCGGAGCCAAUUGAGGAAGGAGGACAUAGGAGUCAAGAAGGAGCCCCAGAAGCAAACUUGGUCUGCUUGGAUAUGGGGCUCGAAACCACCGGACAGUCAGAGCGACGAUCAGGCAGGCAUGACAGAGGAGCAGCUCAAAGAGCUGUACAGUGCGAUCGACUGGGACGAGAAGAAGGCCAUCGCCGAAAGUGUGGAACUGCCACGGGAAACCAUCAAGUUGCAAGUGGAAUCAAGUCUGAGAACAGGCAGUUUCACACUGAAGAGAGACCCACAUGGAGAAGGGAACGAAAUUCUCCAACUUGUCUUCGACAACUUCAGCGCUAAAGCUCUGCAACGCCCCGACUCUAUGCUGGUUGAUUUAGCUCUUGGUGGUUUCCGAGUGUACGAUGGAACGACCGAGGGCACGUUGUUCCCACAAAUAGUCAAAGUCAAGGGAGUGGAAGAUCAACCUAAGGACGAUCUCGCAGAGGAUCAAGCGGAGAAUGGCCUUGAGAGCGGAAGUGACGCUGGCGACGGGGAAACUGCACUUCAAAUUGCAGGAAACAGCCUCUUCCACCUCGUCUUUGAGAACAAUCCCUUGGACGAAAGCGCAGAUACAAAGGUCAUGUUGAAGGUGAAAAGCCUCGAAUUCAUCCAUAAUCCUCGGUUUGUGGUUGAAAUAGCGAAGUUUUUCAAGCCCCCCGAGCGUCAAAUGGAAUCAAUUGGUGCUCUGCUGGAGACUGCUGGCGCCACUGUGGAGGAAAUUCGCCAACAGACCCGUGCAGGACUCGAAUUCGCCUUGGAAGAGCACAAAACUAUCAAUGCGAAUCUAGACAUCCAAGCGCCCAUUUUCAUCAUUCCAGAGAGUAUCACGGAGGAAAGCACUCUCUGCAUGAUCCUGGAUGCCGGUCAUGUGAGUCUCAACAGUGAGCUCGUCGACAAGGAGACCAUGCGGGAUAUCCAUGGUAAACAAAGACAGCAGUAUACCGAAGAAGACUUCAAACGACUUGAAGGACUAAUGUACGAUAAAUUCCACCUGAAGCUUGACUCCACUCAAGUCCUCAUUGGACCCGGCAUUGAGGCAACCAGGGCACAGCUGGAGAAUCGGGACGACUCCAAACACAUGCACAUCAUCGAUCGUAUCAACAUGGCGUUCCUGCUCGAGAACUCCAUAGUCCCCAAAGCCCCAGAUAUCACGAAGAUACGUAUUUCUGGGACGUUGCCUGUUCUUCAGGCAUCAAUAUCCGACAAGAAGUACAAGAACCUGAUGCGAUUAUUGGAAGUGGCAGUACCAAAGUUCGAGAGCGAGGAUCCGAAAGCGAACGGCCGCGUUGGUGAACAUCAGGAGGAAGACUAUGCCGAUGAUCAGAAAGCGAAGAGGAAAUCAGUGCAGCUGCUGGAGAUGAGAGAUGCUCCUAUUCUUGAGCCAGACUCAGACUCCGAGGAUGCAUCAACUAAACCAGCUGGCAAGCCCGAAACACCCGCAAACAUUCAUCAACGCAACUUCGAAAUCAACUUCACUGUGGAGAAGCUGCAGGCUUCCCUUUACAAGUCAGAUCCAGAGGGUGAAAAGCCAGAUAAGCUAUUGGUCGAGUUGGUUGCGGAACAUUUCUUCCUCAGUUUUUACCUCCGCCCGUACGAUAUGGUGGCAGAAGUCCUGCUCCGAGCUUUGACCGUCGAUGACCACAUCGAAGAAGACCCAAUCCCAGAAUUCAAGCAAAUAAUCUCUUCCAAGGGCUUCAAGGCUGAGGAGGGCAAGGACUUAUUCAACUUGAGAUUCGUCAAGGUCAAUCCUGAGUCCCCAGAAUUCAAUUCGACUUAUGAGGGUAUUGCCACUAACCUUGACGUCUCCGUGUCUACUAUCAAUGUCAUAGUGACAAGAAGGACUCUUCUGACACUUCUUGACUUCGUGCUUACCACUUUCGCUGGAAACGAUCAACAACAGGCCGGUGUCGUCGAGGAGAAGGAAGAUACCCCGGCAGCAGAUGAUCUGGAUGAAUCUCCACAAGAUGGCAGUCAGCAGGCGGAUAAGAUCAGAAUCAAGGCUCAACUGACCAGUAUCGCUCUUAUCCUGAACAACGAUGGCGUGCGUCUUGCGACAUUGUCUUUGAAUUCUGGCGAUGUUGGAGUAUUCCUUGAUGCAGGCACUAUGCAGGUCAAAGCAAGGCUCGGUAGUCUGUCUUUGGUCGAUGAUAUUAAUCAGGGAGCGCCUGAAGAUUCACCUCUCCGCCGGCUAAUCGCAAUUGAAGGGGAUGAACUUGCGGACUUCAAGUACCAGACCUUCGAUUCUUCCAGGAAAGACUACCCUGGGUAUGACUCGGGGAUCUAUUUACGGUCUGGUUCUAUCAAGUUAAACUUCGUGGAAGAACCAUUCCGGAAGAUCAUGGAGUUUGGUGUGAAGUUCGGAAAGAUGCAAGCUAUCUUUAAUGCUGCGAGACAAGCUGCCGCGAGCCAAGCUACACAGGUCCAAGAAAGUGCCCAGAAGAUGCACUUUGACGUCUUAAUCAAGACUCCGAUUGUCGUCUUCCCGAGGGUGAUGGUUGAUGACAGGCCGCGCGACAAUUUGACAGCCUACCUUGGUGAGAUCUACGCAAAGAACAGGUUCGUGGGAGUCCAAGGACAACCCGGAGGGCCUCUCGUGAACAAGCUAUCGGCAGGUAUCAGACAUAUCCGCCUGACAACAGAAUUUCAUUAUGAAGAUGGAAGGUCUCAAGAACUCGAAAUGAUUGAUGAGGUGGAUCUUGAUUUCAAAAUACGAUAUCUCGAACACCAAGCUGGCCUUGAGAGACCGGACCUUGAGAUCGAUGGUACAAUGUCACCAAUCAAUCUGAGAGUUUCCCAGACUCAAUUCAAGUUCCUCAUGGAGCUUUCAAAGACCAUCCCGGCCGCAUUUGCAAUGGAAGAGGAAUCAGACGAUGAGAUUGCCGAAGAAUUACCGGCUUCCACGACGGAAUCUGCUAUGGCAAGCCAGUCAGAGGAGCCGACUUCAAAGGAGCUCACACCUCCGUCAUUCCAAGGCCCAGAACUCGGCGCUGGUGACGACGUCUGGACAAAGUUGAACUUUGUGUUCAAAGCACCGAUGAUCGGCCUGGAACUCGUUCUGGCAGAGGAGGGUGAGCCGAUCGAGAGCUUUGAGGCCGCAAGCAUCUCGAAGUUCUCGUUGAAUGAGACCAACAUCAAAGUACGGAUGGUCAGCGACGGUGCUUUGGAGGCCGAGCUUCUCAUUCAUUCCUUCACAAUCAGGGACAGUCGCACUAUGGAAACCAAUAAGUUCCGGAAGAUCAUGUCAUUGAUCAAUACUGAUGUUCAACAACAAUUUAUGGCUAGCGUUUCGAUAUCCGGAGGCGCUGACCGGCAUAUGAUCGUCAUGCUUACCGUUGAUAGUCCACGUGUGAUUGUGGCGCUGGAUUAUGUUUUCGCUCUCCAGGCCUUCGCCAACACUGCACUUCAGUCCGACGAACCUCAAUCGAUCGCAGAAGUCGAAGAUCUGAACGGGGGUAGUGAGCAGAGUACAUCUGAAGAAGAGGAACAAACCACAAUCACGCCAAGCACAGAUGAACCGAAACCAGAAUCUGCCAUGAGUGUUUCAUUCCGCGUCAACAUAGUUGAUGCCCAAGUUAUCCUAAUUGCCAACCCAGCUAUCUCCAAUACCGAAGCUAUUGUGCUGGGAACCAAAGAAGUUCUGGUGUCCCAGCAGAACGCCACUACAUUACAGAUAACCAGGGUGGGAAUGUUCUUGUGCCGCAUGGAUAAGUUUGAGACCAGUCGUCUGAGGAUUCUUGAUGACUUCAGCAUCCAAAUGUCCAUGGACAGGCGCAGUCUGGGCAAAGACUCCUCUCUUACGUCCAUCCAUAUCGACAUCGAACCACUUGUGCUGCGUUUGUCCUUGCGUGAUAUCCUGCUUGCUAUGCAGAUCGUCAGCAAAGCAUCAGCAACUAUGCCGCAGGCCAACAUUCAAGAAGACUCUGAGCCCAGAAAACUGAAAGAGGUCAAAGGAACGUCGAAAGCUCCAUCCACGAGGCGCAAAUCAAUAGCAGGCAAGACGAUGACAACGGCAAGGAGAUCGAAGAGAUCAAAGUCCGUGUCGAAGCCCGAAACGGCACAGUCCCCCAAAAAAUCGGUGGUCAUGAGCAGAGAAGAGCUGAUCGCCCAGUUCGGCGGCAUACGAGUAGUUCUGAUUGGAGAUCUACAUGAACUUCCUCUCCUUGACAUGAGCGUAAAGAAGUUCGACGUUGAUGUUCGCGACUGGUCUGGCGCCAUGACAGCUGAUACCAAGCUUGACACCUUCAUCAAUGUGUACAACUUUUCCAAGUCAUCAUGGGAGCCUCUAAUCGAACCCUGGACACUGGGCUUUCACGUUUCCAAGCAGCUACAGCCUGAAGUGAUGUCCAUCGAGUUGUAUUCUCACAAGACAAUGGAGUUGACACUAACCUCGGCCACGAUAGCACUGGCCUCGAAGUCAUUCGACUUCCUCUCCACAGACGAAGACAUACUCUCCAAGCCACGGGUUGCCGAUGCACCUUAUCGUAUCCGUAACCAGACGGGCUUCGACCUCAGUGUUUGGGCGGACGAGAAGAACGACAAUGCCUCGGCAGCCAAGCUGAAGGACGGAGAAGAAUACCCGUGGCGCUUUGAAGAUGCAACUUCUAUGCGUGAGAAUUUGUCGCCCGAAGGCAAUGCUGGUUUGGUCGGUGUUAAACUCGAGGGAAGUGGCUUUGAUAGCAUCAGCCGUAUCGCCGUUAUCCGUGAGGGUGAAACACUAUACAAUCUCAAACCCCGCAAGGAAAAUGUACAGCAUCGGAUGCUCGUCGAAGUGAGGCUAGGCGCUGAUAAUGUCAAAUACAUCAUCUUCCGGUCGCCCCUACUGGUCGAGAACAAAACUCAGAUCCCAAUUGAGUUAGGCAUCUAUUCUCCCAAGGAUGGUCACCUUCUCAAAAUCGAGAAGAUCCCUCCUGGCGAGGGCAAGCCGGCCCCAGUUGGGGCGGCUUAUGUGCAUUCUCUGCUGGUCCGGCCAGAUCAGGGCUUUGGGUAUGGUUGGUCGAACGAACAGCUGUUCUGGAAAGACCUCCUCAAAAGGUCCACCAGGUCGAUAACCUGCGAGUCAGAUGGCAGCGAUGGGUCGCCUCCGUUCUUCUUCCAGAUGCACGCGUCUUAUGACCCCAGAGAUCCCAUAACAAACAGCUACCCCUACAUGAGGAUACAGAUAUCAGCGCCAGUCGAGGUUCAAAAUCUCCUGCCCUACGACUUCAAAUACCGAAUCUACGACAGGAACACAAAGAAAGAUUGGACUAACUUUUUGCGAAAGGGAGGCGUCAGCCCCGUCCACGUUGUCGAGCUUUCCCACUUACUUUUGCUGAGCGUGGAGAUUGAAGACAGCCCUUUCAAGCAAAGUGAUUUUGCAAUCAUCAAUAGUGACACCCAAGAAGAGUUCCGUCGCGAGAAAGUACUCCAGUUGAAGGAUGAUAACGGUGCCCAGCUAAGGCUCAAAAUCCACUACACCAAUAUCAAGGACAGUGGGGGAGCAUUUCGGGUGUCUAUCUACAGCCCAUAUGUUGUCCUGAACAAGACGGGGCUCGACAUGAGCGUACAAAGCAAAGCGUUCUUCGGAUCUUCUAAGGCCGUGACAUCACAAGGCACGAGAACAAGCUCGGGCAGUGGUAAAGCUCUUCCGAUGCUAUACUCUUACGCUACCGAUGAUCGCAAGAACCGAUCUCUUCUCAAGAUUGGCGAAUCCACCUGGAGCAAGCCUCAGAGCUUUGACGCAAUUGGUAGCGCGUACGAAGUCGUUGUGCCAUCAUCAUCCGCUCAAUCAGAACUUCACGUUGGCGUGUCAGUGACAGAAGGCGAAGGCAAGUACAGUUUGACCAAGGUUGUCAGUAUAGCACCCCGCUAUGUGCUCAAGAACAAGAUCGGAGAAGACCUGGAGUUGCGCGAACCUGGUUCCUCUGAUGUCAUGAAGAUGAAGAAUAACGACCUCCUUCCAAUUUAUUUCAUGCGACAAAGCCCAGAGAAGCAACUCUGCUUGUGCUUCCCCGGUGUCAACAACCAUUGGUCGGCACCUUUCAACCUUUCGAACGUCGGCAUGACUCAUGUCAAACUGGCGAAGCAUGGCCAGAGGCAGCGGCUUAUACGAAUUGAGAUCAUCCUUGAAGAUGCCACUUUGUUCCUCCAUUUCAGCAUCGAGACCAAGCACUGGCCGUUCUCGAUGCGAAACGAAAGCGACACGGAAUUCUUAUUCUUCCAGGCAAACCCCAACCUUGCGGAAGAUGAGGAAGAGGACCCCGGGAGUGGGUGGAAGCCCAUCCGGUACAAAUUACCACCAAGGAGCAUUAUGCCUUAUGCUUGGGACUACCCUGCUUCCAAGAACAAAGAACUCGUCCUGACUGCUCGUGGGAGGGAAAGAUAUGUCAAACUCGUCGAGAUAGGUAACUUGAUACCCAUAAAGUUGCCUCCAAGCCAACCUGGGGGACCUCCGAAGGUCAUCGAUGUCAACAUUGUCGCAGAUGGGCCAACUCAAACAUUGGUGCUUUCGAACUACAAGCCAUCUAAAUCGUUGUAUCAACAGAAGGCAGGGCAGGGCACAGCUUCCCAGACCAGUCUCAAUCAGGGAUUCGAAGUGAAGCAGAUUGAAUCAGAAAUCAACUUCAAGGCUGAACUUCGCUUGGCAGGUAUUGGCAUUUCACUGGUCAACAGCAAGCUCAAAGAACUUCUGUAUCUCACUUUCCGCGAGAUCGAGUUCAAAUACGGGGAUUCAAAACUGUAUCAAACAUUGAAUGCCACCAUCAAAUGGAUCCAGAUUGACAAUCAACUGUACGGUGGUAUCUUCCCUAUCCUCUUAUAUCCCAGUGUGGUCCCAAAGACUGGCAAAGAGAUGGAAGCGCACCCCAUCUUCCACACUAUGGUCACGCGUGUGAAAGAUGACUCUUAUGGUGUAUUGUACGUCAAAUACGCAACUCUACUGCUUCAGCAAAUAACCAUCGAGCUGGAUGAAGAUUUUAUUUUCGCCAUGCUCGACUUCUUGAAAGUGCCGGGAGCAUCUUGGGCAGAAGAGAAGGAGGGAAAAUUGUGUGACGAAGACCUGGACGUGCCCGAGCCUACAAGAGAGCAGCAAGGACAAGACGUUUAUUUCGAGCUGCUCCAUCUACAACCAAUCCAGCUGGAUCUAUCAUUCGUCAGAACUGAGCGCGUCAACGCCGAAGACACCUUUGUGGACAGUCCGUUGAUGUUCUUUGUGAAUGUCAUGACAAUGUCAAUUGGAAACGUCAAUGAUGCCCCCAUCAGGCUGAACGCACUGAUGCUGGAAAAUGCACGGAUAUCAGUCCCGGCUCUCAUGACAAAUAUCCAGAACCAUUAUACGCAGGAGGUGCUUCGACAAGUUCACAUGAUCCUCGGCUCAGCAGACUUUCUCGGCAAUCCUGUUGGGUUAUUCAACAGUGUCAGUUCAGGUGUUGCCGACAUUUUCUACGAACCAUACCAAGGUCUGGUAAUGACGGACCGACCUCAGGAACUGGGCAUCGGUAUCGCCAAGGGAGCGAGCAGCUUCGUCAAGAAAUCGGUCUUCGGGUUCAGUGACAGUAUGGCGAAAUUUACCGGGUCCAUGUCAAAGGGUCUUGCUGCGGCGACGAUGGACAAGGAGUUCCAAGACCAGAGACGCAUGUCAAAGAGCCGCAAUCGUCCGAAGCAUGCCCUUUACGGCGUUACUUCUGGUGGCAACGCUUUCGCGUCGAGCCUGGCAAGUGGUAUUGGGGGGCUGGCUCGGCAUCCGCUUGAAGGGGCAGAGAAAGAAGGAGCUUUUGGUUUCGUCAAGGGUGUUGGAAAGGGUAUGCUUGGUCUUGCUACCAAGCCAGCAAUUGGCGCCUUUGAUCUUGCAUCCAACGUGGCCGAAGGGGUCCGCAACACGACUACUGUGUUCGACGCCGAGGGUCUCGACCGUGUGCGGCUGACUCGCUUCAUUGGAAUGGAUGGAAUUGUUCGCCCAUACUCCCAACGCGAGGCUCUCGGACAAUUCUGGCUCAAGACUUGCGAUGAUGGCAAGUACUUCACCGAGGACUACAUUGCCCAUCUUGAACUCGAGGGCCGUGAUAUGAUGAUUGUGAUCACGUAUAGCCGCAUUCUCAUGAUCCGGACCAAGAAACUUCGCAUGGAGUGGGAUGUCAGGUUGACGGACGUGCAAACCAUCAGCAAAGAGAGAACGGGUAUCAGCAUUGGUCUCAAGGGAGGCGCCAAUGGCCCGUUCAUUCCCGUCACAGAUGAGGGCAGUCGGAAUUGGUUGUACAGGCAAAUUGCCAUUGCUGUCAAUGCUUUCAACGACAAGUAUAACGCGAAAGGAUGA